AUCAAGGUGUUAUCUGUUUGCCUUGUUAUCUCAUAAAACUAGUUCAUACACACACAUGGACAUAUCUUGAUGUUCACAAUAUCAUACACACGUAAACAAUAAUCCAAGUCUAUUUCAAAAGAGGGAUUAUAGAGAUAUAUGAAAUGUCUGAUGUAACAGCUAACGAGGUAACUAUCCGUCAGUACAGACCAGAAGAUGUUAAGUAUUUGAUGGAAUACGCUGAAGAAAAUGAAUGGGAUUUAUCUAUGUAUGAUCACUUGGCAUAUACAAGAAUUGAUCCGAAUUACCUGAUUGUUGCUGCAGACAAAGACGAUGUGCCUGUAGGGUUUUGUGGAGUAAGUCAAAAUGCACCGGACACGAUCUACUUUGGCAACUUUAUCGUACGCAAAGAUCUCCGGAAACGAGGCAUUGGUCGAUUGCUGUGGAAAGCGAUGUUAGAAAAGGCCGGGGAUCAGAACAUUGUUCUUGAUGGAGGCCCUGAGAUGGCAGACUGGUACAUUACUCAUGGGUUCCCUUAUCAGGCAUAUAAGGUUCAGUUUUAUGCUGUUAAAGUUAAUGACGAAAUGAAACAAAACAUAAUGUUCAAAUAUGACACAAAAACCCUGAUGGAAAGCAUGUGGCCGGACUUAAUGAAAUAUGACAGUCAAGUUUACACAAACUUUGACCGUACACGGCUAUUACGUGCUUGGUUCACAGGAGAUGAUGUUCGUGUUGCUGUUGCUAUGGAAGCUGGGAAGAUAGUUGGCUAUGGCAGCAUUCACAGAAAACCAAACGGUGAAUAUGGACUGAGAAAUAUCUUUGGAGAUAAUGAAGAUGUUAUUGAAGCCCUUCUACAUAAUAUGCUAUCAGUGUUACCUGAGGGAACUGUUGUUCAUUUUAUGAUGCCAGAAGACAAACCUUUACCGAAAUAUAUUCAGCACAGCAUGAAGGUUGAGGAAACAGCAGUUAGAAUGUUUAACAAGGUGAAAAUAGAAACAAACAAUGAGAAGAUUUGGUUCGCAACAGCGCAUACUGUGUGAUAUACAUUUUAUGACACAGGAAAGCACGAGGCACAGUUUAUCAAUAGAUAUUUCUUUACCACUAAUGUAAACAUUUGUAUUAAUUCUACCAAAACUGAACAUCUUUGAUUGCAUCUACUUAUGUUGACGAUCAUAUAUGUAAAUUGUGUAAAUGUUCAAUUGCACAUUCUACUUUGUUUUGUCAAAUUAUAUGACAUAGUCAUUUCCAGAAUUUUACUAGAUAAAUAUUAUUUAUUCUA